AUGGGAAACACACAAGCAAUAUUAUCAGAGAAAGACCAAAAGGAUUUGUUACAAGCAGCUAAUUUUAGCGAAGUGGAUAUAAAAAAAAUGUACAAAAGAUUUGUUGAACUUGACACAAAUAAAAAUGGACAACUAGAUCCAAAUGAAUUAUUCGACGUUCCUGAAAUAAGUGACAACCCACUAGUCAAAAGAGUCAUCUCAAUCUUUGAUUCCAACUCGGAUGGAAAAGUUUCUUUCGUGGAAUUCUUAGUUGGCAUAACCAAGCUAGCCUCGAGCACGGACGACUUCCAGAAGAAAAAGUUUGCCUUCGAUAUCUACGACAUUAAUAAGGACGGAAUGAUAUCCAACGGGGAGCUGUUCACCGUUAUGAAGAUGAUGGUGGGGAAUAACUUAAAUGACAUACAGUUGCAGCAGCUGGUCGACCGAACCAUUCUACAGGCCGAUAAGGAUGGAGAUGGGAUGAUUUCCUUCGAAGAAUUUAAAGACAUGAUAUCCCACAUGGACGUUGGAAAUAAAUUGAAGCUAGAUCUGUAGGUUGUAAAUAUAGCCGAUCUGUUCACCUCCAAAUGGGUAUGCCCAUUUGCGCAUGUUUCUCCCCCCGUCUGUUUAUCUACCCCUUUUAUUUAGCCACGUAUUGAUUUAGCUGCCCAUCCGGGUAACCACACUACGGUGCAUACAUAUUUAUGUGUGUAUAAUGUCACCCCUCUUCUCACCUCUUUUUUUUUUUAUUUAACC